GUUAACAGCGGACCGACUUGUUUGGCGCGACCAACUUGCCCGCUAAUCGAUCCCACUGCUUAGUUACGCCUUAGCUGUCCUAGAAGCAUGUCCUACGAGCCUCCACCUCCGUAUGCUGGAGGCUACCAGCCCACGGGCGCUCCUCCGGACCCUUAUGGCGCGCCGCCCAGCUAUCAAGGCUAUGCGCCCUCUCUCGCGCCACCGGCCUACAGCUAUGCCCCUCCAGCGUAUGCUAGUGCCCCUCCUCCUUUUGCGGGAGGCAUGGGUGCCACCGACGAGGUCCGGACGGUCUUUGUGACUGGAUUCCCCAUCGACGUAAAGGAGCGCGAGCUGAACAACCUCUUGCGGUUCCUCCCUGGUUAUGAGGCUUCACAGAUGAACUAUGGCAAGGGCUCGGCGCAGGGCUUUGCGCUGUUCACCUCGGGUGCGCACGCGCGCGCCGCAUGCGACCAGCUGCAGCACGUCAGGUUUGACGAGAACAGCUCGCUGCGUGCCGAGAUGGCGCGCAAGAACAUGUACAUCAAGGACAUGGAGCCCAACGCCAAGCGCGCGCGGCCCGCCAGCGGCAUGGUGGUCACGGGCGGCUAUGGCGUGCCGCCCAGCGGCGGCCCGGUCGGCGGCAGCGGUGGUGGCGGGGGUGGUGGCGUCAGCGGCGGCUACAGCCGUCCGGGGUCGUUUGGCGGGCCUGGCGGCGGCGGCGGGGCUGCGGCCGCCGCGGCGGCUCGUGAUGACAACCCGCCCUGCAACACGCUCUUUGUGGGCAACCUGUCGGACAGCGUGGAUGAGAACGAGCUGCGGUCGCUCUUCUCGGGCUCUCCGGGCUUCCGACAGCUCAAGCUGAUGCGCGGCCCCAAGGCCACGCUGGGCUUCGUGGAGUUUGACGACACGGGGUCCGCCAUCACGGCGCACAACGCGCAGCAGAACGCCAUGCUCAACUCCAGCGACCGCGGGCCCAUCCGCGUGCAGUUCUCCAAGAACCCCUUCGGCCGCAAGCGUGACGUGGACGGCAGCAGGGUCAUCGAGACACCCAACCAGCGGGAAGGCAUCGUGCCCGCCACCGGCAGCAACCCUGGCUCGGCGCCCUACUCUGUGGCUGGCGUGGGCGGCGCCCCCUCGGGCGACUACUCGGGGCAGGGCGGGCCGCAGUGAGCGGCGCCAGCGGCGGAGCGCUGGCACGGCCGGCGGUGGGGCACGAAGCAGGCACCACCACUCGCACCGCACCGCCAACGCAUUGCGAGCACACGUCAAUUGGUGCCCAGCGCACGCACAAUCGGGCACUUGCGCACACGCCGCACUGCAUCACACAGCACGCUAGAAGCUUGUAGUAGUUCCAGCACAACGCACGACGCUCGGCGCGUCGUCGGCACAACCCUCGCAAGGCUGCUGCACCAUGUCACCGGUAUCACUGCGCAGCAGUUUCCACGGAGCUCAGCAGCUAUGGACUGAUGACAGCAUGGGUGGUGAAUGCUUGCUUCUGCGCGUGUACGUGCAUCUGCGCCAAUGUGUGUGUGUGCCCACCAAGUGCCUUGCAAGAUCUGUGCGCACCGUGGUCAAUGGCUGUGCGGUGCGUGUCGUACGUGUGCAAGCAUCACGUUCAGUGUGGUGUGUCGUCCGUCCAUCCUAAUGCGCGCCCCGGGUGGUUUGAUUCGGGACCUGCUUCUUUUUAAGCGCGCGGUUGGGUGUGUUGCACAUUUGUUGGCUGCCGCGAUGCAAGCGUGGCAUUGAACUGCCGGUCACGCGUGCGGAUAAGCCGUUUGGCUAUAGCACUAAGAAAGUAAAUGGCGGAUGGCGUUGGGAAAGGACGGAAGCGUACUGGCCUGUGCAGCUGUAAGACGCUGCAGGGCGCAGCAGGGCGUGGCAUGCAACACAAGCUGAAUGAAGGGGCCACAAUUGCGGUAUGGCUUCAUGUCGGGGUUGCUGACCAAGGGGUUUGAGCUAGCCGUAAUACGGUGUCAUGUAAGGCCAAUGGACACGGUUCUUGGAGUGACAAGUGUUUGGAGAAUGCGUGUGUGAGCGUGGCGCGUGGCGCCCGAGGGAGGGCAGUCGGAGCCACCGGGCCGGCAGGGCGGCCCGCGGCCAUGCCAUACCGGGUUACCUCUGCUGCCACCGAGCCCAGCGCCGCUUGAGCACAAAUUUUGGUUGAAGGCAAGCAGGGGCAGCAUUCUAGCUUAGCCUAGCCACGCUGUAACUGCUCCUGGAA